AUUCGCACAAAUCAUUGUUAAAAAGGAAGCGGAAACCUCUCGUUGAUCCAAAACUCACGAUCACGGUAAUUCGGCCGCCAGCUUUUAGAAUAUCGCUUCUUUCGUUUCGACCCCGAGAAAGCUCUGGAAAGUCUCCCAUGGCGUACGUUGAACGAGGUGUUGUGAAAUCCCAGAGAUCAUUUUGGCGUCUCAAAACUAUAACUGAUUUCUUUUGGGCCAUCAUAAACGUUAUUGGUGUGUUUUUUACCACAUUGUUUUCGAUGGAGAAAUCAGAGGCAUAUAGAAAAGGAUCCGGUUCAGGGAAGAAAUGGGACGGUGGUGGCCCUGGAGGUCCUGGCUCAGGGCCCUAUGGUCGUCCUCGUGGUCCACCUCGCGGUCUAGACAAUGUUCGAGGGAUCGAUCACAGCUCAUUACCUGCCUGUGGCUCGUGCUGUGGCUAAGUUUUGGUUGCUUCAAUGGUGCGUCUACAUAAAAGCUGUCUCUCUGGACAAUGUUAUUUCAAUUUAAAGUUGUGGGACGUGUUGUAAAUGUUGAUGGAAUGUUAUCUGCGAAUAUAUCUUAGUAUAUUAUAUGCCAAAGAAAAACGUAAAUCCUGGAUCAACAAGGUUCUCUCAUCAUCUCAUUUUUCGGCAUACUUUUACAUAUAAAAUACCAAACAUGCUUUAUAAUGUAACGUAGUUACCCAUUAUUAAUAUAUUAUUGUCAAGGUGAA